AUGUCAGAAUUAAAAUACGCUCAAGAUUUUAUUGAAUUUGUCAAUGCUUCUCCAACUCCAUAUCAUGCAGUAAAUACAGUUAAAACCAUGCUUUCUGGCGCUGGAUUUCAAGAAUUAGUUGAAAGAUCAACAUGGCCAAAAUUACAAAAAAAUGGGAAAUAUUACGUCACAAGAAAUGCUUCAUCUAUAAUAGCUUUUACAAUUGGUGGUGAAUACAAGAAUGGAAAUGGUAUAGCUAUGGUGGGAGCUCAUACAGAUAGUCCAUGUUUAAGAAUUAAACCAAUUUCAAAAAGAAGUUCAGAAGGGUUUAUUCAAAUUGGAGUUGAACAAUAUGGUGGAUUAAUUGCACAUACUUGGUUUGAUAGAGAUUUAUCAAUUGCUGGUAGAGUUUAUGUUAAUGAAAAUGGUAAAUAUGUUCCAAAAUUAUUGAAAAUUGAUAAACCAUUGUUAAGAAUUCCAACAUUAGCCAUACAUUUAAAUCGUGAAGUCAAUCAGAAAUUUGAAUUUAAUAAAGAAACAAAAUUAGUUCCAAUAGCUGGUCAAGUAGCAUUGGAAAAAAAUUCAGAAAAACCACCAAGUUGUUCAGAUGAUCCAGAUUUAAAAAUGACUCCAGAACAAUUUGAAUCUGUUCAAAAUGUAAUAACUAGACAUAAUCAAUCAUUAAUUGAACUUAUAGCUAAAACAUUAAGUGUUGAACCAUCACAAAUUGAAGAUUUUGAAUUAUUACUAUUUGAUCAUCAGAAAUCUGUAAUUGGAGGAUUAAACGAUGAAUUUAUAUUCUCACCAAGAUUAGAUAAUUUAACUUCAUGUUUUACUGCAGCUCAAGCAUUAAUUGAAUCUACCGAGACCUUAUCAAAAUUGAAAGGAAUACAACUAAUUAGUUUAUUUGAUCAUGAAGAAAUUGGUUCACAAAGUGCUCAUGGUGCUGAUUCAACUUUUUUACCAGAUAUUUUACAAAGAAUAACUAAAAUAAACUAUAAUGGUGAUACCGCCAUAGAUUAUUUCCAUGAAACUAUGUCAAAAUCAUUCUUAAUAUCUUCAGAUAUGGCUCAUGGAGUCCAUCCAAAUUACCCAGAAGUAUACGAAUCUCAAAAUCGUCCGCAAUUAAACUUAGGUCCAGUCAUCAAAGUAAAUGCUAAUCAACGUUAUUCUACAUCGAGUUCUACGAUAGUUCUACUAAAACACGUUGCAGUAGCAGGUUCCUUAAAAAUUCCCCUUCAACUAUUCGUCGUCAGAAAUGAUUCACCAUGUGGUUCAACCAUAGGGCCUAUUUUAAGUAGUAAAUUAGGUAUUAGAACUAUAGAUUUGGGAAAUCCUCAAUUAUCAAUGCAUUCAAUUAGAGAAACUGGUGGGACAUACGAUAUAAAGAAACUAAAUGAUUUGUUUAAAUCAUUUUUUGAAAAUUAUAUUGAUAUUGAAUCAAAAAUAUUAUGUGAUCAUCUUUAA